AUGCAAUGGAACGAUCAUGCAAAAGAUCAUAGAAUGGGCGGACAAGAACUCGGGACAGGCCAAUUCUUCGGAGUUAUCCUAAUUCUUGGCAGAAACGGGCUGUACACUUGCGCGGAAACGUCAUCAGAACCAUUUCGCAGUGACAUCUUGUUUGGCGGUUGGUGGCGGGCUAUCCUAGCAUCUGAUCAGCCUUGUGAGUCCGAGGCUUGGAUUUCUAUUGUCAGAAACCGGGAAACGAAAAGAAAAGUUGAACGGACUCACGGGAACCGUAGAAGCUCGUCGCAGCGAAGGCCCUUGCAAAAUGGUAAGCGAUCACAAACCCUAAUCUCAGGCAUAAACAUUACCCCGGUUGGCGAUGUCUACCAGGGAUCACUAGCCGCGAAGGUUUCGAUGCUAGAUGCGAUUGCAGAAAAUUUCUGCAAAUGCUUCCAAGCUGUACCACAGUUGACGAUCUAUUCGAGGGUUCUGGAAGCUCAUGCCAGCACUUGUGAGCAGCUUUGGUACUUGGUUUCCAGUUCUCUGGGAGGUGUAGAGGAGAGCUAG